UUAAAAUUUGUUUUUUUAUUGAUUUUAGGAAAUAAUUUUUGCCAAUUUGAGAUUAAUUCUACUUAAAAAAUGAAUAUAUCUCGUACUGUGUAGGUCACACGUCCGUUCGCGUCCAUUCGACUACAACUACUACUAUUUACUAUUGUAUUACGUAUUGUAGGGUGCAAAGAAGUGCCUUUCGCUCGUUCACUCGACGAAUUAUUCGAGUAUAUGACACGUAGAAGCUGCUAUUUUUUUAAAAUAAAAAAAAAUGAAUAAUAGUAAUAAUAAUAAAACCGAAAAAACAAGAACCCAAACGAGAUGCGUUUCUUGCGACUUCAUUUUUUUAAACUUUUUUUUGUAAUGUACAGAAAUACCUCAUUUCGUUUGUAAAACGCGGCCGUUUUUUUAUUGUACAACAUCGUCUUGGCACGAGUUAAUAAAGAAAAAAAUUUGUGACGACAGCUAUAAAAAAACGUUUUUUUUAAUCACCCUGUAUUAAUAUAUAAUUUUUAGUAACCAUAGGCAACCCAAACCGGAAGUAAACAUUAACCCACCCUUUCUGAACGUUUUACGAGUUUAAUAAGGUUAGAAUAAAAUAGAAUGACAUGAAACGAUGAUGGAAACGACAGAAAAAGACCUCGUUAACGCCGUGAGGGAUUCGUUAAAAAACGAUGGACAUUUGGGGCGAGUUAAAGCCGAAUUGAGAUCGGCGAUUAUGUCAGUGUUGAAUAAAAAUUGCAAAGAGGAUAACGUGCCUCAAUUGCCCGACGAAACGAAACUGAUCAACGAUUUAAUACGAGAAUAUUUAGCGUGGAACGGAUACGUUUAUUCGGAACAGGUGUUAGCGGCCGAAUCAAGUCAGCACUCCGAACGGCUUCCCAGAGAUAAUUUAGCGGCUAAAUUAAACGUGGCCGACGACGAAAGAACCGCCAAAAUACCCCUUUUGUAUUACGUCGUCGCGGCUUUUCAAAAUCAAGAAAGUGACGGAUCAUAAGUAAAUACGUUUUUAUUUAUUUAUGAUUUCAUAAAACGUAAAUAAAUUGCUUCAAAUUGGUGUGUAUUGAAACGAUUAAAAAUUGUUAAAAAAAAAAUGUGCUUUCUUAUUUUCUU